UGCCUCGGGAGCGCAUCACAGGACACAAAACCCCACUGCAAGACGCAGUGCCAGAAGAGAGCAGCUUUGGCAAGAGAGCUUGUUUUCUGUAGAUUAGAGUGGGGAGAAAGAAGGAAGUUAGUCCGUUAAAAAACUAACAAACAUAGGUUUUCUAUCAUGUCGGAAUCCUCCUGAAUAUCUUUGCCGAAGAAGAAACAAUGUAGUUGAAAGAAAAGGGAAUCUCCACCGGUGAAGAGAUCCGGGGAUGCAUGGACACGGUUACGGGUGAUUAGUGUAAUUUUGCAGCUGCAAAAUAAAGACUGGAUAUGCGCAGAAAAACUGGAGAGAAGUGAGUUUCGGGUGUCCACAGGAUGGACACUGCGGAGGUAAUUCUCUCGGUGCUGGUGGUUGUGAUUAUUAUAGUGUCGCUGCUGUCCAACGUCCUGGUGCUGAUUUGCUUUUUGUAUAACCCGGAGAUCCGCAAGCAAGUCCCCGGUCUGUUCAACCUCAACCUCACCUUCUGCAACUUGUUGCUCACCGUCUCCAACAUGCCGCUCACUUUGGUAGGACUUGUCAGUAAAGCUCAACCGGGGGGAGAUGGCUUCUGCCAGAUCGUGGGCUUCUUGGAGACUUUCCUGUCCACGAACUCGAUGCUGAGCAUGGCAGCUCUGAGCAUCGACAGGUGGAUCGCGGUGGUGUUCCCCCUGAGGUACCACUCCAAAAUGCGCCACAAAGACGCGGCUUUUGUGCUCGCGUACACGUGGGCGCACUCCAUGUCCUUCUCCACGGUGGCCGCCUGUCUCUCCUGGGUUGGAUACCACCGGCUUUACGCAUCCUGCACCCUGUCCAACCCCAGAGCGAGCAAUCGGACACAGUUUGUCGUCUUCACCAUCUUUUUCCACUCUUUCACCUUUCUUCUAUCUUUCAUAGUAUUAUGUGUCACAUACCUCAAAGUACUUAAAGUAGCAAGGUUUCACUGUAAGAGGAUCGACGUUAUUACAAUGCAAACUUUGGUGCUUCUAGUGGAUAUACACCCCAGUGUCCGUCAGCGUUGUCUGGAGGAGCAGAAGAGGCGACGACAGAGAGCGACAAGGAAGAUCAGCACCUUUAUCGGCACCUUCAUGCUCUGCUUCGCUCCCUAUGUGAUCACGAGGAUCGUGGAGUUAUUUCCAGCGGUGCCUAUCAACCCUCACUGGGGAAUUGUCUCCAAGUGCUUAGCUUACAGCAAGGCAGCUUGCGACCCAUUUGUGUACUCCCUCCUCCGACACCAGUACAAGAAGACAUGCACUGACAUCAUCAACAAGCUGCUGAAGCGCAGCUCCUUGAACGCGUCCGGACACCAGCACGAGAGCCAGGUGAACAGCAUACCCACCGUGGAGUGACCGGCAUUGCCCCGAUGGGAAGGUUAACCCGACAACUGUCAGGGAAAAAAGAACCUAGUUUAGUGUCGAUGAAGAAGUGGAAUAAAUUUUGGUAGUUCCUGUCCAUGUCUGCUUGAAUUUGGUCUACAAAAAAAGGAAAGAAAACAGAACAGACAAGGUCAACUCCCUGUACAGGAAUACCACUGCGCUUUCAUACCGAGUGCCCAGAACAGCAAAUCAGUGCAGUGAACUUGCUGUGAGGACAACAAAGAGCAGCAGAUUCCAUGUCCACCUGGAGAGACAGAUGUGCUUACCCAGGAUGAAUGGCCACCUAAAAGUUUUAUUAUUUUAGGGUAGCUUACAGUCAGAUAUGAGAUACAGUUUAUUAUAUACAGAUUUUGCAGUGUGUCUGUUUGUUUUGACAUAACUGUAAUAUUCAUUUUAUCUUACAAAAAAGGGGGGAGGGUGGGCUGUAUGUCUGUUUUAGUCUGUGCAAAGUGUUUGCAGUAAUUUAUACAUUAAUUCUGUAUGUAGCACUGAAGACUAGUCUAACCAAAACUUGACAAAGUAGAAGAACAAGUUCCCAAAUUGUAUUGUAGAUGAAAACAUACAGCAGACUGUGCACACUGCACAGGAUGGCUCAGGUAUAGCCCAGUCCGAAUUAAGCAAAUUCUUUGGGUAUUUUUUAUUUUUCAAUACAUUAUCUGGUUGUAUUAGCACCGGAUGUAAAUAUAUUUUGUUUUAUGUGUACUGGCAUCGUUCAUGCUUUAGCACCCAUUUUAAGGACUUACUGAUCUGUCCAAGCAGAGUUUUAGCAGAAAGAAAAAACCUUCAAACCGACUGCCUUUGCUGUCAUGACUGACAUGUGGCCCUCAGGUUGUUAAGUCAAGUGAAGCAUGAUCAACUGUAUUUGCCUGGGUUUGUACUCACAGUCACAAGUGACCUGUAGAGACUGCUCGAUGCUUUUUCACACAUACAGGAAGGAAAAUGCACGGGACAUGUCUUUUGGCAAAAAGAUGAGAUGAUUUAAUAGAGAUGACAGCCACGGACACGAGAAAAUAGUAGAGCAAAGCACCUCUGGAUGCAGAAAUAAUCAGUUUGAAUGGGUGAAGUAAAAAAAGAAAUAUCUCUGAACAGCUAAGGCCAACUAAAUGUGCAAUGGUAAUAGUUGAGAGCACCUUUACCACAUAAUAUUAUUAAAAUCAGUCUGAAUUACUGAAUAUGCUCAAAACAAGGGAUGAUAAUCCUAGCUAAACUAAGAUUAAUAACUUGGACCGCAAAACUAAAUGAUCCUAGUCUGUGAUUCCUAUUAGUCUUUUUUCUUUCUCAGAUAACCAGCAGCAGGUUUUCCAACUACUUUGCCAGGAAGUCAGCGACAGGAAAGAGCUAGUAGUGAUAAUAGAUAAGUGGGCAGCUAAGCUACUAACACAGAUAUUAGAUACUGAUACUAAUGCAAGGACUAAUAGAAGGACUCAAUUGUAUUUAUAAAUAUAACAUAUUGUUGUCUUUGCUGAUAAAAAGGUUUUUCUUUUAAAUAAUCACCUGAAAGCAGUAGAAGGCAGAUGAAAAUCAUCCAGUGCCACUUAUAUUUGUAAAGCUUUGGCAAAUGAUGGUGGAAGGCACCAAGUAGAAAUAAUUAUGACCUUAUAAACUUUAUUUAAAGGAGACGUGCAACAAACAAGUCUCUAACAACACCAGGCUACCAGUUGGACCCUAACUUUAACCCACCUGUCCCACUAACCCUAAGUUAUUUCAUUUUUUUUCUUGGUAAAGAGAUAAAAAAAAAAUAGUUUUAAGCAAUUUAGAAUUAUUUUGUUGGUUUGGUCCAUUAAAUCGAAACGAAAACAUCCAAAGAUACUGUAUUUGAUUUUAUAGAAGACUUUGAUAGAAGACAAUAGAAAACCAGUUAUAUUUACUCGUUUACAGUACAUUUUAAUUUUUUUUGUCAUGUGGAAACAAAAUGCAUUAAACAGUACAUCUGACAGUGAGAUGGGGAGUGAAAAUGCAGUGCCAAAAUUACUGAUGAUGCCCAGUGAGCUAAAUAUAAGCAGAUGUAAUUAAUUUUCUAAAAGCAGAAAAGAAAACAAAAGAAGUGAAGGCUAUUUAUGUAGGGUGUAAGGAUUCAUAAUUUUACAAAGGAGAAACAGUUGUCUUGACUAUAUCAUGCAUUGUACGACGCUCCAAGACAGCUGAUGCCUUAAAUUCUAUAAUAUGUUAGUUUUAAGUUUUUCAGACAUAUAGAUAUCUAGAACUAUAUUACUGGAAUCAAUAAUUGCCUUAUUCACUUCUGUUCAUCAACAUUACUCGAAAUCUGCUUCCUUUUUGUUAUCCUCUAAUUCUGAUUUCCUGAAGUUCUCACUUGCCCACAUUAAAUGUUUCUCAUAAAUGAUGACUAAAACGAAACCUAAACCUAAAACAUGUCGACAUAUUUAGAUGAAAGGCAAUGUGAAAAGUAUUUUUGAGUCUUUUGAUAUAUGUAAAUGUAAUUUAUUGGGAUAAUUUAUUGUAUGUCUGAGUUUUACAGAAUGUGCUGCUGCAAAUGCAAAUUAAGUUUAUCCUGUUGUGAAUCGGUGGCAAUGAGUGGAGUGUAAUAUACCUCAUUUUGUUUAUCAGUGACUGACCUGACUGCCUAAAGUGUUUUGUUAUGUACCUCCUGAUUUAUAAAACCAUGGCUCGAUGCUGCUGCUGCUGCUAAAGAUGGCUAAGAUGACAAACCCACGAUGUUGGCGGUGAUGGGAUGAAUGCUUUUUCCAUAAUAUUUUUUUUUAAUGGAGAUUGUAAUUGUUAUGUUGGUAAAAAUGACAAAGAUGACUGUUUUAGAUUUUAACCAUGAU